AUGAAGCCUCUCAAGCAAUAUGUUCUCACGCUUUUUCUGUGGAUAAGCUCGUGGGUCAGGUACGGUUUGCUGAGACUCUGGCGAACUUCUGCAGUAGCAAACACCUGGAGGACGUCACCAGGUGCUGUUAGAAAUGGAGCAAGCCACACAGCGUCAGAGGAGUGGAGGACCGACAGGGCACUGCGCACAUUUCCCUGGGACGAUGGGACUGUGGCCAAGGUCACCAUUCAGACCAGCACACACGCUUUCUACGUGGACCUUGAAAGGCUUUCGGAGUGCAGUGAGUACUUCCGAGCCCUGUCCCAGUCCAGAAUGAGAGAGACCUCGGAGAGCCUGAUCCACCUGGAGCACGUUUCUUCCUCCAUCUUCUAUAAUCUCCUUGAGCUCUCCUUCCAUGAUCGGUUCAAGGUCCCCUCAGAGGAGCUGGGAGAUCACAUCCAGGUGGGAAGCUACCUCCUGGCUGAGGUUUUCCUCUCAAAGUGCCUAUCAGCGCUCGUGUUUGAGCUCAAUCCAGACAACUGUUUGUCCUACCUGGCUCUGGCUCAGGAGAUCUGCUGUGCUGAGCUGAAGAUGACAGUGUUAACCUACCUGAGCAGAAACUUGCUGGAGCUGUCUCACCUCACCAGGUGCCUGAAUGAUGAUGAGCAUGAAAGGCUUCUCCAUCUGAGGAUGCGAGGGGACCAACGUCUCUGCAGCCUGAGGAAAGAGAACCUGACUUCCUGGAAUGAUCCAGAGACAGAAUCUGCCCGACAGCUCUUCACCUUGGGGGUGUCAGAAGACAUUAGAGAUUGGCACCCAAUCACAGAGUUCCCCUUCAGGGCUGAUAAGUGGUGUUUCUCAACCGCAGUCUUAUAUAAUUACCUGUACAUCAUAGGUGGUUACAGGCAGCGCAAAAAGAAGGGCUGGGAGUUCAAAAUGGCUUCCUAUAGGUAUAAUCCUUUCACCCACACCUGGAGUCCCAUAAUGCCUCUGAUUAAGCAUAGAAGGCACUUCAGUGCAGUCGCUUGUGAAGGCUGUAUUUAUGCUGUUGGAGGCUGGUACUUGGACUCUUUGGUGACUCCUGACUCCAGCACAGCCCUUUAUACAGCUGUGGAACGUUAUGACCCAUGGGAGGACACAUGGAGAUUUGUCUCCUCAUUGCCACUCACUGACUUCCACUUCACCAUGUCGCUGUCCCAUGAUGUGCCACUGGCAACCAGCCUUGGGCACUGCCUCUAUGUGCUGGGGAACAUUCAGAGGACGGGGGAGAAACUUGUACUGCAGUAUGACACAAGACACGACUUGUGGGCUGAGUUGCUCCCAACCCUGACCAGAGCAGAUGCAAACCUCCCUACCCUUUACUUCCUGGGUGCCACUGACAGGCUCAUUGUGAUUGGGGGGAACAACUCAGAGAAUGGGCUAACGUCAUUCUGCGUGCAGUCUAAGCAGUGGGGACCGGUGCGCGGGGUUGAGAAGGUGGCACUUGCAGGGCAGGGGACAGUUUUAAGUGACCAGAUCUACAUGCCAGCCAUCGAGCACAACAGUAUUGUGAAGCUAGAUCUCCGAACCCUCUCCCUGAGCGUUCUUCCUGCUCUUCCUGUCUCCACCCGCUAUGAGGCCAUCUUCCACCUUUACUUUUAAUUCAGUAUUUAGUUUCUUCAGUGGUCCUGUUUUGUUGUUUGGGGUAAGAAUAUUUAUCAAGUAAAAGGUAACAGAACAAUAAAUAAGAACAACAUACG